AACCAGAAAAACUCAUAUCUUUUUGGCAGCCGCCUCCUCCUCUAAGCUCUCCUUCACCCUCUCUCUCUCUCUCAGCUCUGUCACUCAGUCUCUCUCUGUCUCUUUGCUCCGAAGACAUACGCCACCGCACAGGCGCAAGGGGCACACCACUGGUGCGGCGUCACACCGCCUUAAGUCAAAGAUUCCGUUCUCUGGCUCGCCGUGAGCUUAGUUAGUCAUCUUCGUCUCGGCAUCGCUUGCCCAUCUCCGUUCUCUGCAAUCGGCUAUUUCAUAGAGAAGUUUUUGAAUUCCGACUCUUUGCCUUAGGUUACAAGUUACAACACCUAAUGGCUGACGAUUUGACUGCGCAACUGGCCACAGCAACCUUAGACAACAAUGCCUCCGUUCAAAGAGCGCAAUUUUCUAAUAGAGUCCCCAUUAAGUCCAUCAUUUUGCGUCCUGAUGGAGGGUCCGGGUUAGCCGGGAAGCUUGCCCGGGUUGGUGGGUGGGUGAAGACUGGUCGGAAGGCCGACAAGGAUGCAUUUGCAUUCCUGGAGCUGAAUGAUGGGUCAUGCUCGGGCAACCUUCAGGUUAUUGUGGAAGCAGACAAGGGUGACCUUGGGCAGCUUGUGCUGACUGGUACAAGCUUGGUCGUGGAUGGCGUGCUUAAGCUUCCCCCAGAUGGGAAAAGGCAGAAGGUGGAGCUUCGGGUCGAGAAGGUGAUCCAUGUGGGUCUGGUUGACCCAUCGAAGUACCCCUUGCCCAAGACCAGGCUCCCCCUUGAGUUUUUGAGGGACUAUGUUCAUUUACGUUCCAGAACCAACACGAUUUCUGCAGUCCUUCGAAUCAGAGAUGCCCUGGCAUAUGCAACCCACACAUUUUUCCACGAUCAUGGAUUUCGUUACGUGCAGACUCCAAUUAUCACCACCAGUGAUUGUGAGGGUGCUGGUGAGAUGUUUCAAGUCACUACCUUGAUUAAUGAAGCUGAAAAGUUGGAAAAGGAUCUUAUUGAGAACCCUCCAUCAGAAGCAGACAUUGAAGCUGCCAAGCUUAUUGCCAAGGAGAGAGGAAUUGAUGUUGCUCAGCUCAAGUCUGCUAAAGCAAGUAAGCAGGAAAUUGGUGCUGCUGUGGUCGAGCUUCAAAAGGCAAAGGAUAAUCUCGUGAAACUGGAGGAGAGAUCCAAGCUUCAACCUGGUAUCCCUCGAAAGGAUGGGAAGAUUGAUUACACCCAAGAUUUCUUUGGCCGUCAAGCCUUUUUGACUGUUUCUGGCCAACUACAAGUCGAAUCUUAUGCAUGUUCUCUUAGUACUGUCUAUACAUUUGGGCCAACUUUUCGAGCUGAGAACUCACAUACUUCGAGGCAUUUGGCAGAAUUCUGGAUGGUGGAGCCUGAAAUAGCAUUUGCAGAGCUUGAGGAUGAUAUGAACUGUGCAGAGGCGUAUGUGAAAUAUCUAUGUCAGUCGUUACUUGACAAUUGCAGGGAAGAUAUGGAAUUUAUGGCUGACAAAAUUGAUAAAAGUUGCAUUGAUCGUCUAACAAUGGUCGCUAAAACACCCUUUGUUCGGAUAACUUAUACAGAAGCAGUGGAGCUGCUAACUGAGGCUGUAAAAAAUGGUAAGAAGUUUGAGAACCAUGUAGAGUGGGGGAUUGAUUUGGCAUCUGAGCAUGAAAGAUACUUGACGGAGGUGAGAUUUCAGAAGCCUGUUAUUGUUUAUAAUUACCCUAAAGGCAUCAAAGCAUUCUACAUGAGGCUCAAUGAUGAUUCAAAGACAGUGGCUGCUAUGGAUGUCCUGGUACCAAAGGUGGGAGAGUUAAUAGGGGGAAGCCAAAGGGAAGAGCGUUACGAUGUUAUAGUGAGCAGGAUAAAGGAGAUGGGUCUGCCUCUCGAGCCAUAUGAGUGGUACCUUGACUUGCGGCGCUAUGGGACUGUAAAACAUUGUGGUUUUGGUUUAGGCUUUGAACGAAUGGUUCUCUUUGCUACCGGGAUUGACAAUAUUAGAGAUGUUAUUCCAUUCCCCAGAUAUCCUGGAAGAGCAGAUCUUUGAAUUAGUCCUCCAUAAUAUGGAUAUAUAUAUUCUGUGUCCCCAUUUUGCCAUUAUCCAAGUAUUAUACGGUUACGGCUGAUUAUUUAUUCCUAAGAACAUAGAACAAAAGAAUUGCUGUUGUGAAAUUGUUUUUUGCUUCAAGAAGCAGCUCUGCGCAUUAUUAUCUGGAAUUUCACUUUUAAUUA